AUGGCAAACAAGCCAUUUAACAAUCCGGUUGUCCAGCAAGUGGUCUCGCAGGAGAAUGGCGAGACCAAAGAAACCACACUGGAGGACAUUGAAACCAGAGACGGGGAGUACCGAAGGAGUUUCACGGCACGACACAUUCAUAUCAUAUCUCUCGGUGGUCAAAUAGGAGCAGGUUUGUUCAUCAGCUCAGGGAAGAACUUGAGGGAUGGAGGACCAGCCACUCUCUUCCUGGCCUUUGCAACAGUGUGCACUUGCGUUUUCGCAGUCUUGAAUACUGUUUCCGAGAUGACCAUUGCUUUUCCAACCUCUGGCAAUUACAUUGACUAUGCCGACCGGUUUGUAGAUCCUGCCUUAGCAUUUGCUGGAGGCUUCAGUAUGUGGUUAGGGUGGACAGCGAUUGUAGCCGCGGAAGCAACAUUCUUUUCGGUCAUCAUCAAUUAUUGGGCUGAGAACCGCGUGAAUGAAGCUGUAUGGUAUACUGUCUUCCUGGUGAUAAUGCUCGUUAUCUUCGCGCUUCCGAACACGGUCUUUGCUUGGUUCGAAUAUGCGACGAGCAUCAUGAAGGUGUUGGCACUUUUCGUAUUCAUCCUAGCUGGAUUCGCAAUGGUCCUCGGCGCCGGACCAAAUGGCUACCAAUUCUGUUCUUCUGUUCUUCUUGCAGUUCUCGCUAUCGGAGACAACACCUUUACUGGAUUUCUUGCAGGAGAAGCUAAGACCCCAAGGUUCUCGAUAGCGCAUGCCGUCAUACUUAUCCCAAUCCGCGUGACAGUCCUCUAUCUGCUCUCAAUGCUGUUCAUUGGAUUGCUAGUACCGGCAACAGAUCAGCGACUUCUUGGUGGAUCCGGCAGUGCGGCUUCGCCGUUUGUCAUCGCCUUAGCUGAGGCCGGUAUGCCUGGGCUCCCAGAAUUGUUAAAUGUGGUUAUCAUGUUCGCAGUAGCUGCCAUCGGAGCCGAGUCGGUCUUCGUUGCGUCGCGAAUCCUUCGGGCAAUGAGCCACCAGCGGCUUAUACCCGCGUGGGUAGCUCACGUUGAUCGUAAAGGUCGACCAAGAUGGGCACUUCUCAUCACAUACACUAGUGCCGUCGCGCUCACGUACUGCAACCUCAGCGCAGGAGGCAUUACUGUGUUCAACUGGCUUGCCCAGAUUGCAACAACUGGAUACUUCAUGGUCUGGGUAGUCAUCGGAAUCACUUCAUUCCGCUUUCGAGCAGCAUUGAAGGCGCAAGACGACCCUCUCUUCGAGCAAAGGUAUGCAUGGAGAUGCAAAUGGUGGCCAGUUCCGCCUGCGUGGCUUCUGCUCUGCUGCUCGCUAUACACGGGAUGCUCGUUCUACAUGGCAUUGUAUCCCAUCGGAUCCGACACUCCUUCGGCAUAUUCUUUCUUCCAGUACAUGAUCGGUACCGUACUUAUACUGGGGUUGGGGACCAUUUACAAAGUAGUUUUCAGGACCAAGCUGAGAGAUCCGGAGGGGGUAGAUUUGCGAACUGGGCGGCGACUGUUGAGUGAGGAGGAGAUCAAGAUGCUGGACGACUACUAUGGGUCGUCUAAAUGGCGUCGGCUUGCUGCCUUUCUGCAGCUGUGGUAG